ACGCCUCUUCACUCCGUUAGGGUUUGCAAAAGCUCACAAUUUUGAAGAUACUUUCUUGUUUUCCUAUUUCUCUCCAAUUCGUUGAAGAAGAAGAAAAUGAAGGUUGUCGCUGCCUACUUGCUUGCCUGUUUGGGUGGGAAUGCCAACCCAUCAGCCGACGAUGUCAAAUCCAUCUUCAACUCAGUUGGUGUCGAAGCUGAUGAUGACAUGAUUGAGCUGUUCAUGUCGCAAGUUAGUGGCAAGGAUAUUACUGAGCUUAUUGCUGCUGGUCGGGAAAAGUUAGCCUCUGUUCCUGCUGGUGGCGGUGCUGCUGUUGCUGUUUCUGGUGCUGCUGCCGGUGCCGGAGCUGCUCCAGCUGCUGCUGAGUCCAAGAAAGAGGAGAAAGUAGAAGAGAAAGAGGAAUCAGAUGAUGACAUGGGAUUCAGUCUAUUUGACUGAUUGUUUAAGAAGCACACCUUUUAUGGAGUCGAAAUUUUCUGGAUUCAGAAUUUUGCUGUUAUUUCUAUCUGUUUACCCAGAAUCGUAGUUAGGGUUUGAUAUUAGUUGAGACGGUGGACAUUUUUGUUAAACACACAGAACUAAAGAAGUUGAAUUUCUCUACUUUUUGGAUCCUGUAAUGUAAGUUUCUGUUACUGGUGACUUUUUUUGAUAGCUUCUGUCGUUCUCUUAAUCUAGUUUUUGCAAUUGCCAUCCUUAA